AUGACCUUCAGACCACCAGUUCUCCGUUCUGCCACAACAAUCCUGGAUCGAUCGUUAUUCUGCCAGACGUUCCCACUAGCCGCAGCCCGUGUGUAUGACAGCAAAAACUUAUCUCGGUAUAGAAAUGAGCUCGGAAAAUCUAGAGAAAUAUUAAAACUUGAGAGACUCCUCAACAUAAGACCUGAUCCUGAUCCAGAAGUUGCAGCAAGAGGUGGAAAAUGCGUGCUGCUGGCUCCGCAGGUUAAACCUGAAGAUCCAACGUCUUGGAGUAAUUUGUUACAGGAGGCAGUAAAAGCGAAAGAGUUGAAAGUUCUUCCUUACAAUUUGAAACUUGACUACGACUAUUGGAAUUACAUGGAGAUCAUGACCUCAAUUCUUCCAAAUGAUGCACAAGGAGAGAUACCUGUAGGAUUUGCGAUAGUUGGUCACAUUGCACACUUAAAUCUAAGAGAUGAAUAUCUUCCUUAUAAAAAGCUCAUAGCCGAGGUACUGAUUGACAAGAAUCCACGAAUCCGGACAGUGAUAAACAAAACAGAUGGAGUCGGAAACCAGUCCGAAUAUCGUACUUUUGGAUAUGAAGUACUUGCUGGUCCCGAUGAAAUGAAUGUUGAGCUAAGUGAGGGUGACUGCAUCUUUAAGUUUGACUAUUCCAAGGUGUAUUGGAACAGUAGAUUGCAGACUGAGCACAAGAGAUUAAUUGACACUUUUAAACCUGGUGAGAUAGUUAUCGACGUCAUGGCUGGCAUAGGACCGUUUGCGAUUCCCGCAGGUAAGAAAAAAGUUUUUGUCUGGGCUAAUGAUUUAAACCCGGAGAGCUACAAAAGUAUGAGUGAAGGAGUAGUACGCAACAAGGUUGACUUAUUCGUCCGCACUUUUUGUCAAGAUGGAAGAAGUUUCAUAAAACAUGUGACUGACGAGCUUUUUCAACUUGGGAAAAUGGGGCAAAAUUUUGUUCAUGUUUCCGGGAAAUCUAGUUUGCGUCGUAACCAAAAGCAGCUAUCCAACUCCACGCCAGACACUCAGAUCUUCUUCCCCAGCACGCCUUCACAUUUUGUUAUGAACCUACCGGCUACUGCCAUAGAAUUUUGCGAUGCAUUCUUGGGCCUAUAUGCAGGAAGUGAAAAGUUUUUUUGUCCGCAUACGGAGCGUUUGCUUCCGAAGGUACAUGUACAUUGUUUCUCCACGAAGAGCAACGAUAAUGUGAGGGAAACUGUAGAAGUUUGUGAAAGAUUGAGUAAAGUGAUGGGAUACAACAUGAAGCCGAGAUUCGCUACAGGUGAUCUUGGAGAAGGCGAGGUUAGAGUGUGGGAUGUCCGAGACAUAUCUCCUAAAAAGAGGAUGUUUUGUGCUGAGUUUCGAAUACCUCAAGAUGUAGCUUUCUGGACGAGCAGAUGA